CUAACGGCUAUGAUCUUCUGUUCUGAACUUCUGAUCAACUUGAAUUAGACAAGCUACGUACCUAAAAAAAUCAUUAUUUCCUUUGUUGUGCUUUCUAACAAUGGCGUUCUCUGGAACCGUCACUACACCACACCGCCCUUCUAUUCUUCGCUUGCCCUGCCACUCGAAGACGACCUCCGUUUCAUCUCACGAUUCUGUCUCUUUUCGAUUCUCAAGAUCAAAUCUCAGCCGUAAAAUUUCUCUCUCCGUUCGAUCAACUUCAUCUCCAGUUGCUCCAGCGACCGAGGGGAUUGCUCCGGCGAUUUCUUUGACGGAAAAUGCAUUGAAGCACCUGAAUAAGAUGAGGAAUGACCGAAAUGAAGAUUUGUGCUUGAGAAUUGGUGUUAAACAAGGAGGAUGCUCAGGCAUGUCUUACACCAUGGAGUUUGAGAAUAGAGCAAAUGCGAGACCUGAUGACUCUAUUAUUGAGUACAAUGGUUUUGUGAUUGUCUGUGACCCAAAGAGCCUUCUCUUCCUAUUUGGGAUGCAAUUGGAUUAUAGUGAUGCUCUAAUUGGGGGAGGUUUCUCUUUUAAGAACCCAAAUGCUACACAAACGUGUGGUUGUGGUAAAUCAUUUGCAGCAGAGAUGUGAAAUAAUGCAUACAGAACUAUUGCAAUGGGUAGAAUAUAUUUUAACAGAAACCUUUAUAUUUGUUUGUAAAAAUUCUGGUUGAAGAUUUAUCAGCUAAUACACAAAGAUUUACAUGCCUAGUUUGUUAAGAUA